AUGCCGGUUUGGUGCCUCAUGUUUGUGCAGACCCUGACGGAGGGGGCUAGGCUCUGGUUUGACAGCCUUCCCCCCGACGGGAUCGAUAGCUACGAAGAGUUGAGUGAAAAAUUUCUGAGAAACUUUGGUCAGCAGAGGAAAGUGGUCAAGAACCCAAACGAGAUUCUGCACAUAAGACAGAGGGAUGAUGAGCGAAUUGACCAGUACAUGGAGAGGUUUGUCAAGGAAAGCAUGAAUAUCAAGGACGUCCCAGAGGUCAUGAAGAUCGGCAGUUUCAUUAACAGGUUAAAACAUGCACAACUGUGCGAGAAGCUGGGGGAGGAAUUCCCACAUUCCUUUGACAACCUCAUGGACAGAUUCAGAGCCUUUGUUAGGGGCAAGGACACAGUUAGCAAAGCCAAGGAGAUGGAGACCCCACCCUGA